AUGCCGGAAAGGUUGAGCUCUCUGAAGGGCCUCGAAUAUGUUAACCUAUCACGAAAUAACUUUUCGGGACAUGUUCCAGCAUAUUUGCAACAGAUUGCUUUCAAGUAUCUAGAUGUUUCAUAUAAUGAUUUCGAGGGGGAGGUAUAUGUUAAGGGUGUCUUUGCCAACGCAAGUGCAAUAUCAGUCAUUGGGAACCAUAGACUUUGCGGGGGAAUACCUGAGCUUCACCUACCCAAAUGCACAAAUAUUAGCAAUUACUACCAAAAAAGCAAAAAACUUUCUCUUGGUGUUAUUCUAGUGAUUUCAGUACUAUCUUCCGUCGUUGCAAGUCUAGCUCUGGUGUCAUUUCUCCUGUUGUAUUUUUGUAAGAAGAAAACGUCAGAAUCAGAAUCAGUAGUGACUGAAUCUUUUGACAAGAUUUCAUAUGAAAGGCUUUUCAAAGCAACCCAAGGGUUCUCUUUGGCAAAUCUGAUUGGUACAGGUAGCUUUGGUUCGGUUUACAGAGGAGUUGUUGAUGAAGAUGAAGAUGGCAUUGGCCCCACUGUGGCCAUCAAAGUAAUAAACCUCCAACAAAGAGGAAGUUCCAAGAGUUUUGUAGCCGAGUGUGAGGCCUUGAGAAAUAUUCGUCAUCGUAACCUCGUGAAGGUCAUAACUAUUUGCUCAAGUCUCGAUUUCCAUGGCAAUGAUUUCAAAGCUUUAAUAUAUGAUUUCAUGCCAAAUGGGAGUCUCGAGAGUUGGUUGCAUCCUCAUGAUCAUCAACUAGACUUGUCUCAAAGAAUAAGCAUUGCCAAAGACGUUGCUUAUGCUCUUGAAUAUCUACAUUACCACUGUGGAAACACUGUUGUGCACUGUGAUUUGAAGCCGAGCAACAUUUUAUUGGAUGCUGAUAUGGUUGCUCAUGUUGGAGACUUUGGACUGGCGAAAAUUCUUUCGCUUGAACAACUUUCCAAUCCACACAAGAGUAGUAGCUCAAGCAUUAUAAGAGGAACUAUUGGGUAUGCACCUCCAGAAUAUGGAGUUGGAAAUGAAGUCUCCACCAGCGGAGACAUGUAUAGCUAUGGAAUCUUAAUGUUAGAGAUGUUGACAGGAAAAAAACCGGUUGAUCCAAUAUUUGAACAAGGGCUAAACCUGCAUUCUUAUGCUAGGAAAGCUUUGGCUGAUGGUUUUGUGCUUCAGAUUGUGGAUCCGAUGCUUCUAAAUGAUGAUGUCAUUGUCAACCAAGCGUGUUUGAUUUCAUUGGUGAAAAUCGGAGUGCAAUGUUCUUCUGAGUCUCCACAAAAUCGAUUGCAUAUUGGGACCGUUAUUCAUGAGCUGCAUGUCCUCGCUAAUGCUUAAAACCAGCUACCCUAACUAGUUCAAUCUUCACUGCACUGGCGCCACCUAAAACGUUUCGCUAGUGUUAAUUAUGUCAUGUGUGUUAUAACUUUAAUUUGUUGUCAUCGAUUGUGUUAAAUUUGUGUUAUUGUAAUGAUACUGAUAAUGGUGCGAAUGUAGACACACAGGGUGGUUGGUUUAAUUUUCUCUUCAAGGAACAAACACGCCCUACACCAAGCCUUUAUUUUGCUGGGAAGUGCAUAUUAGGAAUUUAAAAUCUUUGAAUAAGUUUAAAAAAAAAAAAACGUUG